CGAUUAUAUCCUGUUGCGACGCCCUGGGCCUGACGGGUUGGCUGGGGUCCGCUGGGGUUGACGGUAGGGGGAUCUGUGUUGGCAGACGAUGUGGGGCAGCGAACGCCUGGCGGGUGCCGGGGGAGGUGGAGCGGCGGUGACUGUGGCCUUCACCAACGCUCGCGACUGCUUCCUGCACUUGCCCCGGCGUCUCGUGUCCCAGCUGCACCUGCUGCAGAAUCAAGCUAUAGAAGUAACCUGGGGUCACCAGCCUGCAUUCUUGAGCUGGGUGGAAGGCAGGCAUUUUAGCGAUCAAGGUGAAAAUGUGGCUGAAAUUAACAGACAAAUUGGUCAGAAACUUGGACUCUCAAAUGGGGAACAGGUGUUUCUCAAGCCAUGUUCCCAUGUGGUGUCUUGUGAACAAGUUGAGGUGGAACCUCUCUCAGCAGAUGAUUGGGAGAUACUGGAGCUGCAUGCUGCUUCCCUUGAACAGCAUCUUUUAGAUCAAAUUCGAAUAGUUUUUCCAAAAGCCAUUUUUCCUGUUUGGGUUGAUCAACAAACUUACAUAUUUAUCCAGAUUGUUGCGCUAAUACCAGCUGCUACUUAUGGAAGGCUGGAAACUGACACAAAACUCCUUAUUCAGCCAAAGACCCGCCAAGCCAAAGAGAAUACAAUUUCAAAAGCAGAUGAUGCACAUGGAACAUUUCAUAAUUAUGAAAGAUACCAAAAAGGAUUGAUAAAAGAACUCCAAACCAAGCAACUUCAGUCACACACUACAAGAGUCACUGGGUCUAAUGAAACAGAUUCAGAGGACACAACUGACCCACCAUCAAGCUUAUGGAGUAUGAUAGGAAGCAUUUUUUCUUUUGGGUCUGAGAAGAAACAAGAGACAUCAUGGGGUAUAACUGAAAUCAAUGCAUUCAAAAAGAUCCAGUCAGAAGUUGUUCCUGUAGACAAUAUUUUCAGAGUAUGCAAAUCUCAGCCUCCCAGUGUAUAUAACUCAUCAGCAACUUCUGUGUUUCACAAACACUAUGCCAUUCAUGUAUUUCCAUGGGACCAGGAAUAUUUUGAUGUGGAGCCCAGCUUUACUGUGACCUAUGGAAAGCUCGUUAAGCUACUUUCUCCAAAACAACAGCAGAGCAAAACAAAGCAGAAUGUCAUGUCACCUGAAAAAGAAAAGCAGAUGUCAGAACCAGUUGAUCAAAAACAAAUUAGCCCAGACCGUAGUCAAGAAGCUGGUAAGGACUGUGUACUAAAGGUCGUCUGGAAUGGACUUGAGGAAUUGAAGAAUGCCACAAAAUACACCAGAAAUGUAGAAGCUCUCCAUCUUCGGAAAGUCUGGAUUCCAGAUGACCUGAGAAAGAGACUAAAUAUAGAAAUGCAUGCAGUAGUCAGAAUAACUCCAGUGGAAAUUACCCCUAAAAUUCCAAGAUCUCUAAAAUUACAACCGAGAGAAAACUUACCUACAGAUAUAUGUGAAGAAGACAUAAAAACUGUGUUCUAUUCAUGGCUACAGCAAUCUACUACAACCACAUUUCCUUUGAUAAUAUCAGAGAAAGAAUAUAUUAAGCUGGGAAUUAAAGAUGGGUUGAAGGAGUUUUCUCUGAAUAUAGUUCAUUCUUGGGAAAAAGAAAAAGAAGAAAAUAUUUUUCUGUUGAGUACCAAUCUGCUGCAGAAGAUCACAAUACAAGUCCUUCUAGAUCCUAUGGUAAAAGAAGAAAACAGUGAGGAAAUUGACUUUAUUCUUCCUUUUUUAAAGCUGAACUGCUUGGGAGGAGUAAAUUCCUUAGCUGUAUCCUCCAUGGAGCACAUCACUCAUAGCCUCCUGGGACGCCCUUUGUCUCGGCAGCUAAUGUCCCUUGUGGCAGGACUUAGGAAUGGAGCCCUUUUACUCACAGGAGGAAAGGGGAGUGGAAAGUCAACAUUAGCCAAAGCAAUCUGUAAAGAAGCAUUUGAUGCAUUGGAUGCCCAUGUGGAGAUAGUUGACUGUAAAGCUUUACGAGGGAAAAGGCUUGAAAAUAUACAAAAAACCCUAGAGGCAGCUUUCUCAGAGGCGGCAUGGAGGCAGCCUUCUGUUGUUCUGCUGGAUGACCUCGAUCUUGUUGUCGGCCUGCCUGCACCCCCGGAGCACGAGCGUGGUCCUGAGGCCAUGCAGAGCCAGCGGCUGGCACAUGCUUUGAAUGAUAUGAUGAAAGAGUUUGUUUCCAUGGGAAGUUUGGUUGCACUGAUUGCCACAAGCCAGUCUCAACAUUCUCUACAUCCUUUACUUGUUUCUGCUCAAGGAAUUCACAUAUUUCAGUGUGUCCAACAUAUUCAACCUCCUGAUCAGGAACAAAGACGUGAAAUUCUGCAUAAUGUGAUAAAAAAUAAACUGGAAUGUGAUAUAAACAAGUUCACUGAUCUUGACCUGCAACGUAUAGCUAAAGAAACUGAAGGGUUUGUGGCUAGAGAUUUUACAGUGCUUGUGGAUCGAGCCAUACAUUCUCGUUUGUCUCAUCAGAGUAUAUCCACCAGGGAAGAAUUAGUUUUAACAACACUGGACUUCCAAAAGGCUCUCCAAGGAUUUAUUCCUGCAUCUCUGCGAAAUGUCAACCUGCAUAAACCUAGAGAUUUAGGCUGGGAUAAGAUUGGUGGAUUACAUGAAGUUCGGCAGAUACUCAUGGAUACUAUCCAGUUACCAGCCAAGUACCCAGAAUUAUUUGCAAACUUGCCCAUACGACAGAGAACAGGAGUAUUAUUGUAUGGUCCUCCUGGAACAGGAAAAACCUUACUAGCUGGAGUAAUUGCACGAGAGAGCGGAAUGAAUUUUAUUAGUGUCAAGGGGCCAGAGUUACUCAGCAAAUAUAUUGGAGCAAGUGAACAAGCUGUUCGGGAUAUUUUUAUUAGAGCACAGGCUGCAAAGCCCUGCAUUCUGUUCUUCGAUGAAUUUGAAUCCAUCGCUCCUCGCCGAGGCCAUGAUAAUACAGGAGUCACCGAUCGUGUGGUUAACCAGUUGCUGACUCAGCUGGAUGGAGUAGAAGGCUUACAGGGUGUUUAUGUAUUGGCUGCUACUAGUCGCCCUGACUUGAUUGACCCUGCCCUGCUUAGGCCUGGCCGACUAGAUAAAUGUGUAUACUGCUCUCCUCCUGAUCAGGUGUCACGUCUUGAAAUUUUAAACGUUCUCAGUGACUCUCUGCCACUGGCGGAUGAUGUGGACCUUCAGCAUGUGGCCUCAGUAACUGAGUCUUUCACAGGAGCCGACCUGAAAGCUUUACUUUACAAUGCGCAGUUAGAGGCCUUACAUGGAAGGCUGCUGUCAUGUGGACUCCAAGAUGGAAGUUCCAGUUCUGACAGUGACCUAAGCCUGUCUUCAAUGGUUUUCCUUAACCACAGCAGUGGCUCUGAUGACUCAGCGGGAGAUGGAGAAUGUGGCUUAGAGCAGUCCCUUGUUUCUCUAGAAAUGUCUGAGAUGCUUCCAGAUGAAUCAAAAUUCAAUAUAUAUCGGCUCUACUUUGGAAGCUCUUAUGAAUCAGAACUUGGAAAUGGAACCUCUUCUGAUUUGAGUUCACAUUGCCUGUCUGCCCCAAGCUCUGUGACUCAGGAUUUUCCUGGAGUUCCAGGGAAAGAUCAAUCGUUUUCACAACUGCCAGUGUUCAGAACUGCUUCACAAGAAGGUUACCAAGAACUUACACAGGAACAAAGGGAUCAACUGAGAGCAGAUAUCAGUAUCAUCAAAAGCAGAUACCGGAGCCAAAGUGGAGAGGAUGACUCUCUUAACCAACCAGGACCGGUCAAAACCAGUCUGGCUAUUAGUCAGUUGCAUUUACUGUCUGCACUCAGCCACACAAAACCCUCCAUUAGUGAAGAUGACUGGAAGAAUUUUGCUGAGCUGUAUGAAAGCUUUCAAAAUCCAAAGAAGAGGAAAAAUCAAAGUGGAAUAAUGUUUCGACCUGGACAGAAAGUAACUCUAGCAUAAACUACACUUCUGAUUUUUUUUUUCUUUUUGGUGAUUUGUCCCUAUGUUGUAACAGUAAAAAUGGUGUCUAUGUAAACUUAUUUUUAAUUUAAUAAAUUAAUCUAUAAAAAUCACAGAUUGAUAAACGUAUGGUUAUAUAAUUAUCAGAAUUACUUGAGAUUAAUACUGUAUAAUACAUUGGGAUAUUUAUAACAGAUUCUGUAUCUUCUUUCCUAUAAAUCUAUAUUAAAUCCUUAAUGAAAUAAUAUCAGCCAAAUGAUGUAACUGAUUUUUUUUCUCCUUUGAAGCAAAGAUAAUAGAGAAUGUAAUUAAAUACAUUUCUUACAACUCACUGAAAGUUGCAGAUUCAACAUCUUUCUUGCAUUUGACAAAUUUUAUGCUUACCAACUACUUCACUAUUUUGGAAAUAAAAUAUCCUGUUAGUUACUGA